UUCUCUCAUCAUAUGGUUCUUCAGUCUAUUAUCUAUUCUUAUCUUCUCACCAUAAAACUCAGAUAAUAUAAUCUUUUACUAACUUACACACAUCAUAUUUAUUUCUCAUCACUUUCUAAUCAUUUGAGAAAUUAAGGGUUUUAUCAGUAAAAUACUAUUUUGGGAGACAUACUUAAAAUGGAAGGUAAAAAGGAUAUGUUAAAUUGGGAACAAAAAACACUGGUAAGCGAGCUCAUUUCUGGACUUGAGGCGGCCAAAAAGCUCCAGGCACGACUUGGAGAGCCAUCAUCGUUGCCGCCAUCAUCAUCAUCUCGGGCGGCUGAGAUGAACGAGAUUCUCAUGAAGCAGAUACUUUCUUCCUACGAGAAAUCUCUUGCCAUUGUAAACUGGUCGUCGGCGCCGCCUGUACAGCUUAUUCUGAAGGCGGGUUCUAUAGCUCCGGUGACACUGAUUCCUGAAUCUCCGGUGUCGAUAAACGGAAGUCCAAGAAGUGAAGAUUUCCUUGAUGGAAGAGGUUCCAGCAAUACUCAUCGCCAAAAUCACCUUUUCAAUUCAAAGAAAAGGAAGAUGUUACCAAAGUGGACAGAAAAAGUGAGAAUGAGCCCAGAGAGAGGCUUAGAAGGACCUCAUCAAGAUGACGUCUAUAGCUGGAGAAAGUAUGGUCAGAAAGACAUUUUGGGCGCCAAGUUCCCCAGGAGUUACUACAGAUGCACGCACCGUAGCACACAGAACUGUUGGGCAACCAAGCAGGUCCAAAGAUCGGACAGUGAUUCAACGGUUUUCGAAGUGACGUACAGAGGAACACACACUUGCUCACGUGCGACCGCAGCAGCUCCUCCUCCACCGGCUUCGCCGGAGAAGCAAGACACCAUAACCAAACCACCCAUAGCUCAAAAGCCUAACGACCUUCUCGAGAGUCUCAAAACCAGUUUAACUGUUCGAACCGAGGGGCUUGACGAAGGUGAAGACGUUUUCUCGUUGUUCCCCAAUACGCCGCCGUUUUAUGAUUACGGGACUCCCAACGACUAUUUCGGCGGACUCAUGGAGAGUUCCCCUAUCUUCGACGUUGUUGAUUGGUUCAAUCCAACGGUUGAGAUUAACCCGGAGUUUCCCACGUUUUUACCAGACUCGAUUUAUUAUUAAAACAUGUAAUAGAGAAUAAUAACAAUUGUCAUCCAGGGAACAUCACUUACAAUAACAUGCAGGAGAACUUGUACUCCCCACCCCCAA